AGCACUACGAGGUCGGAGACGGCGAGCAGCUCAUUUAGAACCGGCCAUAGCACAGCACUGCAGCAACAAUGUCUAAGGGACCAGCAGUUGGAAUUGAUCUUGGCACCACUUACUCCUGUGUGGGUGUCUUCCAGCAUGGCAAAGUGGAGAUCAUUGCCAAUGACCAAGGAAAUAGGACCACACCCAGCUAUGUGGCUUUUACAGAUACAGAGAGGCUGAUUGGAGAUGCAGCUAAAAAUCAAGUUGCCAUGAACCCCACAAACACUGUUUUUGAUGCCAAGCGACUCAUUGGCCGCAGAUUUGAAGAUGCGGUUGUUCAGUCUGACAUGAAGCACUGGCCUUUCAAUGUUGUGAGUGAUAGUGGAAGACCAAAGGUCCAAGUAGAAUACAAGGCAGAGACCAAAUCUUUCUAUCCAGAGGAAAUUUCAUCUAUGGUUUUAACUAAGAUGAAGGAAAUAGCUGAAGCUUACCUUGGCAAGACCGUGACAAAUGCUGUAGUUACUGUUCCAGCAUAUUUCAAUGACUCCCAGCGACAGGCUACUAAGGAUGCCGGAACUAUUUCUGGGCUGAAUGUGUUGCGUAUCAUUAAUGAGCCAACUGCUGCUGCCAUUGCCUAUGGACUGGAUAAGAAGGUUGGAGCAGAAAGGAAUGUACUGAUCUUUGAUCUUGGAGGUGGCACCUUCGAUGUCUCCAUUCUUACCAUUGAAGAUGGAAUCUUUGAAGUUAAGUCUACCGCUGGUGACACUCACUUGGGUGGUGAAGACUUCGAUAAUCGUAUGGUGAACCACUUUGUUGCUGAAUUCAAAAGGAAGCACAAGAAGGACAUCAUUGACAACAAGAGAGCUGUUCGCCGUCUCCGUACUGCUUGUGAGCGUGCAAAGCGUACGCUCUCCUCCAGCACUCAGGCUAGCAUUGAAAUUGAUUCUCUCUAUGAAGGAAUCGACUUCUAUACCUCCAUAACAAGAGCACGUUUUGAAGAACUCAAUGCUGAUCUCUUCAGAGGUACCCUUGACCCUGUUGAAAAAUCACUUCGUGAUGCUAAGCUUGACAAGUCUCAAAUACAUGAUAUUGUAUUGGUGGGUGGAUCCACCCGUAUACCUAAAAUCCAGAAACUUCUUCAAGAUUUUUUCAAUGGAAAGGAGUUGAACAAGAGCAUCAACCCUGAUGAAGCUGUUGCCUAUGGUGCAGCUGUACAGGCAGCCAUCUUAUCUGGUGACAAGUCAGAGAAUGUUCAGGACCUCCUGCUGCUUGAUGUUACACCUCUAUCCCUUGGUAUUGAGACAGCUGGUGGUGUCAUGACUGUUCUGAUCAAGCGAAACACAACCAUUCCCACAAAGCAGACACAAACAUUCACAACAUACUCUGACAACCAGCCUGGAGUCUUAAUUCAGGUAUACGAGGGAGAAAGGGCAAUGACCAAAGAUAACAACUUGUUGGGUAAAUUUGAGCUGACUGGCAUCCCUCCUGCUCCCCGAGGUGUUCCUCAGAUUGAGGUGACUUUUGACAUUGAUGCCAAUGGUAUCUUAAAUGUGUCUGCUGUUGACAAGAGUACUGGCAAAGAGAACAAAAUCACCAUUACCAAUGACAAAGGCCGCCUUAGUAAGGAAGAUAUUGAACGUAUGGUUCAAGAAGCUGAUAAGUACAAAGCUGAAGAUGAGAAGCAAAGGGACAAAGUAUCUUCAAAGAAUUCACUGGAAUCCUAUGCAUUUAACAUGAAGGCUACUGUUGAAGAUGAGAAACUUAAAGGAAAAAUAAGUGAUGAAGAUAAACAAAAAAUCCUGGAGAAAUGCAAUGAAGUUAUAGCUUGGCUGGACAAAAAUCAGACUGCAGAAAAAGAAGAGUUUGAACAUCAACAAAAAGAACUGGAGAAGGUGUGCAACCCUAUUAUUACUAAGCUAUACCAGAGUGCUGGUGGCAUGCCAGGAGGCAUGCCAGGAGGUAUGCCAGGUGGCUUCCCAGGUGCUGGUGGUGCACCAACAGGUGGAGCGUCAUCAGGUCCUACUAUUGAGGAGGUUGACUAAAAGCUGCAUUCCACUUUUUUCGUCUUGUAACUCCUAGGACACAAAUUUCUUACUAGCUGUUAAAAUGUUCUCAUGUAAGCUGCUGUAUGUAAAUUUAUGGGGCAUUAAUACUUGAAUUCACUCCCAAAAGUCAGGAAAACAUCUUGGCACCUGUACUGUAACAAAUUUGGGUCCAGACGAAUAAAAUGUGUUUCAUUGGC